GUGCAAGUGCGUGUGUCCACGUGCACUCUUCUGACCUGAGAGUGGCCAGCGUGUGUGGCUUUGCAAACCCAUUUAGUGCCUGUGCUUAGAGCUGCAUCUGAGUAAGUCAGUGUUCUAGUAAAAGAAGAAUCAUUCAUGGAAUGAUUAUCUCUACGGUUCUGGCAGGAAGGGCAAUGAGGAGUCAGUGGGGUCAGAGCUUCCUGGGCCUCAGGGCCUUGGCUAAUGUUCUGGGCUGCGUGAGCUGAAGGCUCCCUGGCUCCGCAGGAUACAAGGUUUUUGAUGGAAAAGCAACACCCACUUGUGAAGCCAAACCCUUCCCUUUGUGGAGAGUUGGGUGUGUGUGGCUUCCCCGUUGAACGGUUUGCUGACCACCUGUGUGUUCAGGGGAGAUGGGGCCCAUGUGUACGUUGAGUGUGAUUAAUUUGUAGAAAACUAAGACUGAGGCAAGGUGGUAUGGAAUUGAAAACUACCAUUAGGGUAAACAGUCAGGUUUCUGACCCAUACUUUGCUCAGGUGCUGAAACCUCCCCUGCCCUUGGUACAGUUUAGCAUCUUUACAAGUGGUCGAGAGCCAGACGAGAGCCAGACCAGCUUGGUUCAGAUUCUGGCUCUGCCACGGACUGGCUUAGUGGCUUUCUGGUAAGUGUCGACUCUUUCAUCUGUGAGAUGGGAGUAACCAUGUCAGUGCAUGUGGAGGGGCUGCGAGUCCUGGGGCGCACACGCCCCCUCAGAUGUGGAGGACCACGCACCAUGGGGCACACGUUCCAUCAAUGGUACUGUUAACAGUAACAGUUAAAAUGAAGCAAGGAUGUGGUUCCAGAGCAGCGGUUAUCACCCUCUAUUAAAGGGUCGUGGCGUUAGGAAGGUUGAGAACCACUGUUCAGAGUCUGUUGUUCACUUAGGCAUUGUGUGACUCAGUAUUGUGGACUUUACUGAACUCCAGGCUUGCUUGAUGGGAUUGGUACCUGGAAGAGCCAGCUGAGUUCCAGACUGACCUGCAAGGAAGGGUGGUGCCCUGGCCUGGGCUCCUGAGCAGCCAGCUGGUCCCACUCCUCCAGGUUGAGCCGCCAGAUGGAGAUCCUGGCAUGGCAUAAGGAACUGUGACUUGGAGUUUCAGGGAUUAGGGUAGAAAUCUUUCUCUGCUCAGUGCCUGCUACUACAGGCAGAGCUGCAUAAUGUCUGUUGUUGCACGUGUGAUGUGGACUGGUGACAGUGCUAUUUCCCUGCGUCUUCUCUGUCCAGACACUCACCCCCGUGUUACAACUGUGUGUUCCUGCAGGGCCUUGCUGAGCAGCAGGCUGCACUGCGCAACCUGGUGUCCUGUCGAGGCUUGUGGGUGUGCUGUGAUGUCCAGCUGAUGACGAAGUCACCUAACGCUUCUCAGAACACACUCUGUCACUAAGCUCUGUGUGACUGUAGUGUGUGACUUUGUGAGGUGUGAACUUUAACUCAGGGAAGUGCUUGUGUGCUGAGUGCACACCUCUCCACCCUAAGCCUGAGGAAUAUUUGAUACAUACGUUUUCUGCACAUAUCACAGCCGUGGCCUAAUAGAAGGGGCCUGGUGCUGAUGCCAACUGGCAGCGUGCCCCAGUGGAGCACCAUUCUGCACACUGCUCACGUGAUUCCCAGGGCACUGGCUCCCACAGCAUCACACAUGUAUUUUUAUGCUGUAUGCAGACUUCUGGCUGAGUAGGACAUGUUCAUUUUUUAAGAUUCCAUAUUUGGAUUCGGCACCCAUAGCUCAGUAGUUAGGGCACCAGCCACAUACGUAGCAGGCCAGUAUGAACCCUGCCCCAGCCUGCUAAACAAAAAUGAGAACUGCAACAAAGAAAUAGCCAGGUGUCCCGGCUGCCCCCAGCCCAGCCCCCAUCCGGGCCUCGGCGCCACAGGCGCUCAGGGGGCCUGCACGUCCUGGACACGCACGCGGAGCCACCGUGGGGCCCAUCGCGGGGUGGGCGACGCACAUCAGCUGGACUGUUUGGAGGUGUCUCCUGCGCGGCUGAGGCGGCGCUGGGGGCUCCGGGCCGCUUCCCAGAGAGGAGGACGUGGUGUUGCGGCCCGACUCGGUUUCCUUCCGGGAGGAGCUGGCCUUGCCCGAGUGGGGUCAUGGUUGAAGAGCUCAGGUUUUGGGGUCAGAGCCCCAUGGCCAGAGGGUACGGAGCGAUGGGAGAUGACAGCUCUAUUGAUUACACUGCUCACGAAGCCUGGAACGAAGCCACCAAUGUUUACUUGCUCGUUAUCCUUGUUAGCUUUGGGCUCUUCAUGUUUGCCAAGAGGAACAAAAGGAAAAUUAGGAGGAUAUUCAGCGUGCCAUCUACAGAAGAAACAUCAGAGCCCAACUUUUAUGAUACAAUAAGCAAAAUUCGUUUAAGACAGCAACUGGAAAUGUAUUCCAUUUCAAGGAAAUACAACUGUCAACAGCCACAAAACCAGGGUGAUAGUGUGCAGCUCUCCUUGGGAUGAAGCCUCAGAAAAUGAGCAGCAUAAGGAUUAUUAAACAUUACAGCAGCAACCCUCCCUAAUUCUUUCUACUAAAUUAUGAACAGCAUUGUAAAAACCUCUCAGGCGGUGCCUGUGACUCAAAAGGAGUAGGGCGCCAUCCUCAUAUGCCGGAGGUGGCGGGUUCAAACCCAGCCCCAGCCAAAAAAACUGCAAAAAAACC